ACCACUACAACACUCCCGUUGACGAUCCACAAGACCAUGAUUGGUGGAGAAGGCCAAGUCCAUGGGACACUCUUUCUGAGCAUUGUCGACUCCAUGACCCGAGUUUUGGUAUCAUCCCGAAAGGAGCCUGGUUCUGGGUAGUGGGGUGGAGGUUUGGUGACUGAUGUUGCUGGAUUUGCUUGCGCGGCCUACCGAAGGACCACCAACUACAUUCGUAUCCCAACCACUGUCAUUGGCCUGAUCGACGCCAGUGUCAGUAUCAAGGUCGCCGUCAACUACGGCAACUACAAGAACCGACUUGGAGCUUACCACGCCCCAAUGCACACAUUCCUCGACUUCUCUUUCCUGAAGACACUCCCAGAAGCACAAGUCAGAAACGGCUUUGCAGAGUUGAUCAAGAUCUCCACAUGUGGUCACAGGCCAACUUUCGAGCUUCUCGACAAGUACUGUGAGAAGUUGAUCUCCUCGCGCUUCGGUCGUGACAACGUCGAUCCCGAGAUCCGACAGGCAGCGGAUGAGAUAAACCGUGCCGGUAUCUUUGAGAUGUUGAAGCUUGAGACACCUAACCUCCACGAGAUUGGUCUGGACCGUGUCAUUGCUUACGGCCAUACCUGGAGUCCUCUCCACGAGCUCUCUCCUAAGGUCCCCCUCCGCCACGGUCACGCCAUCUCCAUCGACAUGGCAUACUCAGCCACACUGGCCAACCAGCGCGGUCCUACUCAGCGAUGAGGAACACAAGCGUUUGUUGAACCUCUUCUCAAGAGCAGGUCUGUCCAUGGACCACGAGAUGUUCGACGAGGACAUGCUCGAGAAGGCCACCACAGCUAUCCUCAAGACCCGAGAUGGUCUGCUCCGUGCCGCCGUACCCAACCCUAUCGGAACAUGCGUCUUCUUGAACGAUGUGUCCGCUAAGGAGAUGAACGCUGCGCUGAAAAAGCACAAGGAGCUGAUGAAGGGCUACCCACGAGAGGGUGCCGGUCUUGAUGCUUACGUCGACGCCAGUGAUACUGGCUACACUUUGAACGAUGUGCCAGUCGAGGAGGCGUUGAAGAACCCCAAGGUCGCAAACGGUAUGAGCAAUGGCGCCGCCAACGGACACACACCAAAUGGUCUGAAGGACAUUGCCAACGGAUACCCCAAUGGUCACAAGAACUAAGAAUGAGCAUGUGUAGAAACAUGAUAAAACUUGCGGUGGUGGUAACACCGAAGAUUCGGUGCGCCGUCCGUAUCAGCUUGUAGCUGUUAGCUUCUUAAUGAAUCAAGUUUGUGAUCACUACUC